AUGUUUUGUUACGCUGCAUUGCUGGCAAUUUUUGCUAUGGCAUCUGCGGAACAUUGGACUGUAUAUGACGCUGACAGGAAGUUAUACUGCAUAAUUUUGGAUGCAGACCCUAUUUCAAUGACGGUUAAGUUCGCAGGGCCGACUGGUAUUGUGGAGACGUACAGUGCAACAAUUAACGGCACACAUGGCGUUUCGGGCAAGUGUCAGGAUACGUACGGAAAUCGAACAGCGCAGUCUCUCAAGGUAAGUUUCUUCCCUGCUGGAAAUGACACCCCUGCUGUCGCUGCUCAACCAUGGGAACUGGAGUUCAUCUUUGGAUCGGAUGAAAAGAAAGCCGCUUUUGAGCUUAUCGAUUAUUCUCUCACCACAGCACCCGUUCCGGAGAUAAACUCUUCGUUCAUUUACAAGUUCACAAAAGCCGACGGCCAGCUCGACUUCCAAGGCCAUGAAAAAAAUGCUUUCAAGUGUUCAAACAGUGAGCUACCCCUAUCAAACAGUUCCUUGAUUGACCUGAAAAAUGUUAAUGUGGUGGCAUUUGCUCAGUUAGAGCAGCCUCAGUUCCCAAAGGAGCAAGGCAGAUUUUACUCACGUUCGGAAGCUCUGUUUGUUCAGAAUGUUGUUCGCUAUGACUCUAAAAGCAACUUCCUACAAUAG